ACAAUUCAUUUCAUUAUGGCAACGAUGCGCUUCGCUGCUCUUGGUGUUUGGGUGUUGCCGUUCCUCACGCUGGCCUUCGACCCGUCUAAGUGGGAAGUGACCACGUUGCCGGGACUCAGCGAACCGGUGAACUUCAAACACUACUCUGGAUUUCUGAACGCUGCCGAUGGUCGACAGCUCCAUUACUGGUUUAUGGAGAGCCAGCGGUCACCAACCGAUGACCCUCUGCUGCUGUGGCUGACUGGAGGUCCCGGUUGCAGUGCGCUAUCGGCAGUGGCCACAGAGUUGGGUCCGUUCCGCAUUGGACCACUUGGCGUGAACGUAACCAUGAACCCAUACAGCUGGAAUAAGGUUGCAAACAUAAUAUUCUUGGAAGCACCGGCUGGUGUCGGUUUCUCUUACGAUCCCACCGGAGUCUACGUCAGCGAUGACACCAAAGCAACCGAAGAUAACUACCUGGCGCUGUUGGAUUUUUUCGACAAAUACCCUCAGUUCAAGAGAAAUGACUUCUACGCGAUGGGUGACAGCUAUGGGGGCAUCUUCGUCUCCCUUAUCAUGCAGCGAAUUCUGAGGAACCCACAAGGACUGAAUGUCAAGGGUUAUGGCAUCGGAAACGGAGCUGUGGAUUUCAAGCUUCACUUCAAGGCGACCAUAUUUUAUGCUAAUUACCACAGCCUUUUGGGACGCGACCUCUGGGACCAGAUUACUUCGAACUGCUGCAACAACAGCAUAUCCGAGGAAACGUGUGACUUCACAAUGGAUCCGAAGAGGAUAGCCUGCGCCAUUCCGGUUGCCAAAGUCUACAACCUUGUUUUCAAAAGUGGCUUGAACUUCCAAAACCUAUACGAUCUAUGCAACCUCACAGAGACACAGUUGGGACUUUUGCCACGCCGCCCAGAGGUCACUCGACAGUACGCAACGAACCAUGUACUGGACACAGCGGUCGAUCAAGAAACCACGAAUCUUAAAUCUAACGACGACAGGUGCUCCUAUAACGAAGACAUGACGCUCUAUUACAACCGACGAGAUGUCAUCGAAGCUCUGCACGUUGAACAGUCCCCGCUGGAAUGGGUUCCGUGCGCGAAGGAACUCAAUUUCACCAAGCAGCACAUGACUGUGCGGGAUGUGAUCCAAGAACUGAUAGACUAUGGCAGCCUGAAGACUAUCAUCUUUAACGGCGACGUCGAUAUGGUGUGUACAUCUCUUGGCGGCGAAUGGUUCGUUCGCAGCCUGGGUGUUCAGCCCACUUCGACGUACAAGAUGUGGCAUGCUGGCCCCGUAAUCGCCGGAUUCGUUCAGACCUUCAGCAAGAACGUCACUUUUGCCACUGUGAAGGGUGCUGGUCACUUGGUUUCAAAAGACAAGCCUAAAGAAUCUCUGCACAUGAUUUCCGCCUUCCUUUCAGAUAUCCCUCUUGAAUGAAAAAUAAAUAUUUAUGUGCAAUUUUAAAGGCAGAAUAGGGACUAAGAACGAAAGGAUUACAGGGCAUCCGGGGCAUCGAUGGUCUCUGCGACGCCGUCUCUGCGGUGAAAUACUUGACAGCCAUUCCUUCGCCAGACCGUGUGUCAAAAAUAUCUAUCUAUCUAUCUAUCUAUCUAUCUAUCUAUCUAUCUAUCUAUCUAUCUAUCUAUCUAUCUAUCUAUCUAUCUAUCUAUCUAUCUAUCUAUCUAUCUAUCUAUCUAUCUAUCUAUCUAUCUAUCUAUCUAU